CACUAACCAGCUGCGCCAUGGUCACUGCGAAGAAACCAGCCAUGGUUGGCGUCCCUUCCAAGGCGGAAAAGGAAGCGGACUUGGUGAUGGGAACGAACAAUAGCAGUAUUGUAUCUAAGCGAAGUGUCGAAAUGUCCUACUAUCCCAAGCCGCAUUUUUUCCGGUAUUUCGUUAAAAAGCCGCAGAGGCGCUCGCCUUUGAUUAACCGUGGUUACUGGCUUCGUAUGCACGCGAUGGCAGAGACCGUGCGACAAUUUAUGAGAGAACCCUCGGAUAGACCCAAAUUCGUCUUGAACCUUGGAUGUGGAUUUGAUCCUCUGCCCUUUAUGCUCCUGAGCGCCGAGAAGUCGUUGUGUAGAGAUACAACAUUCGUGGACAUCGAUUAUGAGAAACUCAUGAUCAAUAAGAAAACGGCCCUUCGACAAACAAGCGAGGUUACGGAGCUCCUCGAGGAUGUAGAAUUUCUUCCGGACGAAAGCGAUUUGCAGAUUCGCAGCAAACAGUACAUCGCCAUAGGCUGUGACUUGAAGAAUCUAGCUAAACUGGACCAUGUGCUUAAGACUCAAAUUCUGCCAUCCAAAUGCUCAGUUCUUUUUCUCGCCGAGGUCUCUUUAACAUAUAUGGAUGUCGAGUCCGCGAAUGCGGUGGUCAAUUGGGCUUCGAAAUUAAGCGAUGACUCUCAGUUUUGCAUUUUGGAGCAAUUUUUCCCUGAUGGACCAGACCAUCCGUUCGCAUCGACCAUGAUGAAGCAUUUCAAGAAACUCGGGGCACCGCUUUACUCAAUCAACGAGUACCCGUCAUUAAAUGAGCAAGAACAGCGUUUCAAGAACGCCGGUUGGCUCCAAGCACAUGCGAGAACUCUUUGGGAUUUGUGGUCAGACGACAAAUUCGUUGAUAGCUCCUUGCGGAUGUCAUUGGAUGCAGUCGAGCCAUUCGAUGAGUGGGAAGAGUUUGCUUUAUUCGCAUCACACUAUUUUCUUCUCAUUGCUUCUACAAGACCGCGCGAGACGAAUCAAAACUUGGGAGAGGAACCGGUGGCACAGGCCAGUCUGUCGAGCCAGUAUAAGCUUCUUCCCAAUUGUCCCGCUGGAAGUGGUCAACGGAGAUUCGGGGCUUUGAUACCGGAUGAGGGCUCCUGUAUUGGCCAUCAUUCCGGGUUGGGCCGUCAAACGCGACUUGCAACAACUGAUUUAUACACCAAUUCGACGAAGGUUUCCAACCCCCAAGAGCCUUUCCCUCCUCGAGACGUCUCUGCAAGGAUGUGCCACACUGCUACUGGUCUGAGCAAUGGGGAAUGCUUGAUUGUUGGCGGUCGAACGUCACCCGCGAAGAGUCUCGAGGAUUGUUGGUUAAGACAAGGAAACCAAUGGCGCCAAAUCCAACCCUUGCCAACUGGGCGGUUCAGACAUAGUGCCGUCAAGGUCAGCUUGAAUGCGGAGUGUGUUAUCGUUUAUGGUGGCAAGGCCAGCGACGGCAAAGUGUUAGGUGAUUGGCUGCUUUGGAGCAAUAAUGGGGAAGGAUGGAAGACAGUUGAUUGCAAUCAAUCUUGCCUGAAGCCACGAUUUGGAGCAAGUUUGGGAAGCAUCGAUAGCUCUUCAGGCGUUGUAUUUGGCGGCAUCGGACAAGAUGGAACUGUGCUGGGAGACUUCUGGACUUGGAAGUUACAUGAACGAAGCGACGGGUCCUUGUUUUUGGAGCUCAACGAUCAGACGAAAAGCCUCCAAGAAGCCUCGCCUUUGUUCAAGUACAUCCAUCGAUUUGGGGCCACUGUCAACACAAUUUCAGGGGGCCUAAUGAUUGUCGGGGGUAUAAUUCCAGAGCAAACGGUUCCAUUCGACAAGGAAAUUAUGCUUCUCGACCUAACUCAGGUCUCAAAUUUCCUCAAUAGUCGCCCAUCCUGGAGCUCUAGUGCCUUGUCAGCAAUAGGGCUUGGAGCCGAUUUCGAUGGACCACGACCUCUACUAACAGGUCAUGUAUCGUAUGCCAUUGAUCCCAGUCAGGUUCUAAUUCUAGGAGGCGGAGCAGUGUGCUUCUCUUUCGGAACAUUUUGGACGGAAGGAACUUGGCUCUUGAAGGCCAUAGAUUCGAAAAUCAAGAACGAAUGGACGAUGGUCCCCGAAAUCAUUCAACCGAAUCAAACUGCGCCGAUCUCUCAGCCUUCUGCCCCCCCAAGGGGCGAUUACAAGCCGGAAGAAAAUAUUACGGCGAUUCCUCGCGUUCGAGUGGAGAAUUCCGCGCAGUUCAAGCAGAUACUGGCUGAUAGCAAACCCGUCAUCAUCGAAGGAUCUGAUAUUGGGCCAUGCACUGAUCUUUGGACAAAAGAAUACUUGGCGAAUGCCAUCGGCGAGGACCGUGAAGUGGUGGUCCAUGAAGCCCAGUCCGAAAAUAUGAGCUUCCAAACCAAGAACUUUGCCUACACCACCAAGUCAUUCGGCAAGUUUCUAGACGAGGUGCAUGCCGGUGGUCGCCAAUAUCUUCGAAGCAUCUCUGCUGAGCAACCAACCAAGCUCCCUGCGAACCUAGCUGCUGAUUUCCCAAAUUUGGAAAACGAUUUCCACCUACCAGAGUCACUCGCCGUGGUCACUGAAAAUGCCCACAGCUCUCCUUUGAGGAUCUCGGGGCCCGUUAUCCUGUGGCUCCAUUAUGAUGUGAUGGCAAACGUGCUAUGCCAAGUACGUGGUGAGAAGAGAUUGAUUCUUUUCCCACCACAGGAUGUGCAGCAUUUGUCAGUCCCAGCCGGUGCCUCAAGCUCAACCGUCAACAUAUUCCAAGGCUCGGACAACGGGGCCAUCGCAUCGAUUCCACACACCUCGCCACGUGAGGCGAGACUGAAUCGCGGUGACAUCCUUUUCCUCCCCCCACUCUGGCUUCAUACAGCAUCACCGACCGGCCAAGUCAGCGUCGCGGUGAACGUUUUCUUCCGCAAUCUCUCGAAAGGUUACGCUGCUGGCCGGGAUGUCUACGGCAAUCGCGAUCUGCAAGCCUAUGAGAAAGCCCGGGCUGACCUCCAAAAGAUGGAAAAGUCAUUCGAGGGACUUCCAACGGAUAUGGCUCGGUUCUACCUGCUCAGGCUCGCACAAGAGCUGAAAGAACUUGCCGAAAAAUGACCGAAUCCGAGUUGCUGCAGAAUCGGUGCGAAGCGUGUGAAGUUUGCAAGAGUUUGUUGUCAGCCACCAUUUUGAUGAAGUAUGCUUCCAGGUGGUGUAUCAUCCAAUCAUUUAUUCGAUGGUUGGCAGGUAGUCCGUUACCUGGGCAGAAAGUUGGGCUCGUUUGACCAGCGCACGAGACGAUCAUCCCGGGCUAUGCAAAUAGAUUGCAUGCAUUGUGAAGCCCGACCACUUUAAAACUUACUCCUAUGGAUGAUUGCAGGGUGUUCAGAGAUCUGCAAGCAAAAAAGGGGCCAGCAAAACAUUCCCACACACAUAAGAAAAAUACAUACAUUCAAGGAGAAAGAUAG